AUAGGAGCCCUUUGAAAUAGUGAAGGUGCGGCGCUAAAAGUUUGUGAAUGAGGCCCGUAGUAAGAUCAAGAAGAGUGUGUUUACCUGCCGGUCUGCACGUACUCCCUAUCUUCUUUCCUCUUGCAUCAUUAUUUCCCGGGUUCUUUUACUGGUCAACAUUAUGGCGACGCGUUUCGUGAGGGGGGUGGCGAGGACUAUGACCACAGUGGCUGCCGUCAAGACCCCAAGGCUGACCCGGGCUGGCAGGUACAUUGGCACCUCUCUGCUGGUGUCGGGUGGCGUGGCGCUGUAUGCCUCCCAUCAGGGCUCUGUGGCGGCUGCUCAGAAGGCGCCGUCCAGCCUCGACACCUCCACCUUCAUGGCAGCGCCCGUCACAGAACUCAGCGACUUGGAGGGGAAGCCACACGACAUGAGGACCAAGAUGGAGCUGAUGAUUAUGAGGAUCCAGUCUGAGUUCUGCCGAGCCCUGGAGGUAGAAGAGGGAGAGGGCUGCAAAUUCACCGUGGACAAGUGGCGGCGACACAACCCCAGUGAGGGCGGCGGUGUGACUUGUGUGCUGCAGGACGGCAAGAUAUUUGAGAAGGCUGGGGUGAACAUAACUGUGAUGACAGCGCCUCUCUCUAAGGAGCUGCAGGCAAGCAUGAGAGCAAGAGGGAAGAAGUUGCCGGAGGAUAAGAAGUUCUCGUUUUUUGCGGCAGGGAUCAGCUCAGUCAUCCAUCCAAGGAACCCUCACGUACCCACAAUUCACUUCAACUACCGCUACUUCGAGAUGCAGGACGAGGAUGGCAACAAUAAACACUGGUGGUUUGGGGGAGGCACAGACUUGACCCCAUACUACCUUGACGAGGGGGAUGUGAAGCUGUUCCAUGGGGUGCUCAAGUCCGCCUGUGACCGCCACCACCCAGACUACUACUCCAGGUUCAAGAAAUGGUGCGACGACUACUUCUUUGUCAAGUUCAGAGGGGAGAGACGAGGAGUUGGUGGAAUCUUCUUUGAUGAUCUUGAGGAUGCAGACCCAGAGAACACAUUUGGGUUUGUGAGGGACUGUGCUGAAGCUGUCAUUCCUUCCUACCUUCCCCUGGUCAAGAAGCACAAGAAUGAUGCUGUGUCAGAGGCAGAGCGGCGUUGGCAGCUGCUGCGUCGAGGGAGGUAUGUGGAGUUCAACUUAGUGUACGACCGAGGCACCAAGUUUGGAUUUGCCACACCCAACGCCAGGAUUGAGAGUAUCUUGAUGUCUCUUCCCCUUCAUGCGAGGUGGGAGUACAUGCACCAGCCAGCACCAGGCACACCGGAGUACAAGAUCACAGAGGUGCUUAAGAACCCGAAGGACUGGGUGUAGCCUGGCAACUGUGAGGGGGCCAACUUGCUCACUGAGACUUACCACUCACACCACUAAAACCUGUGCAAUUCUUAGGAGCAUCAAGUAAGAGUAAGGGAGUUAGAAGAAUGUAUUUAGUGUGUUGAUUAGUGGUGGUGGUGGUGGUGUAGAAAGUUUAGUCUUGGUUGGUGAUUAAAGAGAGAAAAUUUAGUGACGGUUUGUGAUCGGAGGGAAAAAAAGUUAGUCUCAGUUGGUGAUUGAAGGAAGAAAAUUUAGGGACAGUUUGUGAUUGAAGGGAAAAUAAUUAGUAAGGGAAAAAAUUAGACUCAGUUGUCGAUUCAAGGGAUAAAAUUUAGUCUUGAUUGGUGACUGAAGUGAAAAAAUAUGGUCUUGAUGUUUGUAAUUAACCCCUUCAGUAUCGGGACCCAUUUUUAUAAGUGUUGAGUACAAUAAGACGAUUUUAUAUAAAUUAGAAGCGUCUAUGGAGGUCAGACGAUUAAAUGGCCAGUCUUCACUAUUUUAAUCCCCACAUAGGUCUCUGAAUCUAUAAAAUCAAAUAGUAAACAGAAAAUACAUCGUGGUACUGAAGUGGUAUAGGAGAAAAAUUCAGUUGUUGUUUGUAAUGAAGGGAAUAAUGUGAUUAAUAAUUAUGAAAGUGUUAUGAUAUUGUGGUGUUCGUGUGGUUUGUUAAGGGUGUGUUUUUGUGUAUUGGUGACUGGUUGUUCGGUUGUUUCCUGUUGUUGUUAUAUGUUACAAGUUUAUGUUGAGUUAGUGUCCUUAUUAUUAUUUAUUUUGUUUAUUUUAUUUGUCCAUUAUUUUUUUGUUUGAGAAGUCCCAUUUUUACUUAUUUAUUUAUUUAUUUAUUUAGUUUUCUCUUGUUUCAAUUCCAUACAUUUCCUUGUUUUCAUUCAGUUUAUAUUGAUUGUUGAGUCUAGUAUGAAUUUACAGAUAAUUAAUUUCUUUAUAGAAAUUAUAAUAACUUUUUGAUAUUCAGCCAACCUCACAAUGGUGAAUUAAAUGGCAAUAGUGAUGGUGAUGAUGAUGAUGGUGAAUUUUGAUGUUUUUUUUUUAUUGAUAUAGUUUAUGUUUAUAUUUAGACCCAGGGUGCUGAUUCAUUCAUUCAUUCCAGAUAUUUUAGUUCAGAUGCAUUCAGUUUGAGCCAAGAUAAUGAAUAAGAGUAUGAAGUAGUGUAUUCUAUUUAGAUGAUUAUGUGUGCCUUAAAUCUCUAAAUAAUUCACCUACCCAUCUCUCCAUCUAUCUUCCUUUUUUCUUUCUUUCCUUCUUCUUUUCCUCUAUCUCUGUAUUCUUCUUGAUGCGACCUAAAUCCUACUGUAUUUCAGGGUUGGCCUUUCAAGUUAUUCCUCACCAUCUGUUUCUAUCCAUUGCAUCAUCUUAAACUCCUAGCCUGUUCAUGUCACUCCUUGCUCCUCUACCCCUGUUUCUCUCUUGGUAACUAACUCUAUUCAAGUAUCUGUCUAUCUUCCUCACAUUAGUGUUAAUGAAGACAAACGUAGCAUUGUAGGGAUAAAAAUACAGCAAAGAAGGUUUCCGGUUCCCACGUUGCAUCUUUUAGUCGCUUGUUAUAUGCAGAGAAUAUAGUGGUUGUAUUUUUUCAGUAUGGUUUGUAUGGUUAUAGAUUACUGUAUAGGAAAAAGACAGGUGUGUGUGUGUGUGUGUGUGUGUGUGUGUGUGUGUGUUGAACUGCUCAUGACAGAAUGGAUAUUGCUAACAUUGAUGGUUGUGUGUGUGUGUGUGUGUGUGUGUGUGUGUGUGAUGUGAUAGUAGUAGUGAUAUUGAUAGUUUUAAUGGGCUGUGUGUCUCUCUCAUGACAGUAAGCCUUCCCAUGUCAGCACAAAUGUGAAAGUGACGUGCAAUAGUUAACCAAGUACUUGUUCUCAGUUUUAAUAAGGUAUCAGGAUCAAAGAUGUUCUCGUAUAAAUGUUCUCGAAUUGCCGAAGGUUCUAUAUUUGUACUUAAUUGCUGUAUUUACUCAGUUUUUCCAUUCAUAAGACCAGUUUCAAGUAUAUGUAUUUAUUUUUCAUAUUGAUUCAAAAUACUUAUAUGUUCCGGAUGUUUUUCAAUGGUGUAGUUGAUUUUAUUUAAUGCACAAAGCUCUCCAAGUGAAAAUAAUCUACUGUCUUGUGGUGUUUUUGGGUUAUUUUCACCUUUCCAUUGCUAAGAGAGGUGAAAGGUAAACUAAGACAUUCAAAACAAAACUCUUAUAUAUUCCUUAUGUUUUUCAAUGGUGUAUUUGAUUUGAUUUAAUACACAAUGAAGACUAACUGCCAAGCUCUCCAGGUGGAAAUAAUCUGUCUUGUGUCACUUUGGUUAUUUUUAGGUGAAAGGUAAAGAAGACAUUCACACAAAAAUUCUUAAAUGUUCCUGAUAUUUUCCAGUUAUAUUUUUAGUUAAUUUAACUGCCAAGCUCUCCAAGUGAAAAUAAUCUGUCGUGUUUUUUUGUGUUGUUUUUACCUUUCCAUUGGUAAGAGAGAAGGUGGAAGAUAAAUAAGACAUCCAAAUAUUUUUCUGGGUAUGUGUAUAGAGUUUGAUUCCUCUGUUGGGACUCAUUUGCAUUAUUACAAGAGUUUGAUUCCUCUCUGGUGGAGGAAAUUGUUGAAGAAUUAUAAAAAUGCUCUUCUAUAGAGUGGAUAUUUUAGUAUAAUAAAGAUAUUGAUAUACCAAAAA